AUGGGCCUCGAGUCCAUGUCGCCGCCGCCAGCUCCACCCCAGCACUCGCUCAUGCACGGCAUAAAAUGCCAGAGUGAUAGAACUUUACGACCCCAACAUCUUUCCCAAGUCAUCGAUGUAUCUUUGCUCCCAAUUUGUUAUCCAAUUUUUCGCAACUUCCUAACUCCGUCGUCCGGCAGGAGGUCUAUUGAGGCCGAGGCCGGCGGUGGCUUUCCCACGCCAUCGAAAACUUUACUUGUCUGGCAGGAGGUGUUUGAAGCCGAGGCGGUUUCGGCGCUCUACCGAUGUGGGCGGCCUGGCAGGAGGUCUAUUGAGGCCGAGGCCAGUGCCGCCCGCAGAAGUAGAGCUGCCAGGCUGCUAGAGAGGGCAAACAAAGCCACUUCACAGUUGCUUGAUCAGUACGAGGAGGAGGAGGUGGGUGGUGGGUGGAGGUUUCUCUGUCCCGGUCUAUUGAGGCCUCAGUCUACAUGUCAUUGCGGUUUGGGGCGCGCAGGGUUCUUUGUGCAGUUGUACAGCAGGCAGUUGGCAGCCUUUUGCUGGAAGUGA